AUGGCCGACACUGUAGGAAAGACCAUUACCUGUAAAGCAGCAGUGGCGUGGGAGGCUGCAAAACCACUAUCUAUUGAAGAUAUUGAAGUCGCUCCUCCAAAAGCCCAUGAAGUCCGAAUUCAGAUAUACUAUACUGGCGUUUGCCACACAGAUGCUUACACCCUCUCCGGAAAGGACCCCGAGGGCGCAUUUCCAGUGGUACUCGGCCACGAGGGUGCUGGUAUUGUAGAAUCUAUUGGAGAAGGCGUCACUUCAGUGAAGCCCGGUGACCAUGUCGUUGCUUUAUACACACCGGAAUGCGGAGAAUGCAAGUUUUGCAAAUCUGGAAAGACAAAUCUUUGCGGCAAAAUUCGGGCCACUCAAGGAAAAGGCGUGAUGCCCGAUGGGACAAGCCGAUUUAAGUGUCGUGGGAAAGACCUCCUGCAUUUCAUGGGAACAUCGACAUUCUCCCAGUACACCGUCGUGGCCGAUAUCUCCGUUGUUGCUGUGGCGGAUAAGGCCCCCAUGGACAGGACGUGCCUUCUGGGCUGCGGUAUUACCACCGGCUAUGGCGCUGCAGUUGUAACGGCCAAGAUUGAAGAGGGCUCUACAGUUGCAGUAUUCGGUGCCGGUUGUGUAGGCCUCUCUGUAAUCCAAGGUGCUGUGAAAAACAAAGCCGGCAAGAUUAUCGUGGUGGACGUCAACGACACCAAGGAAUCAUGGGCUCGAAAAUUUGGUGCUACUGACUUCGUGAAUCCUACCAAACUGGGUGACAAGAGUAUCCAAGAACACCUGAUCGAGAUGACGGACGGUGGAUGUGACUACACAUUCGACUGUACUGGAAAUGUUGGUGUCAUGCGUGCUGCUCUAGAGGCAUGCCACAAGGGUUGGGGCCAGAGCAUUGUCAUUGGUGUUGCAGCUGCCGGGCAGGAAAUUUCCACAAGGCCAUUCCAACUUGUAACCGGUCGUGUAUGGAGGGGCUGCGCCUUCGGUGGCAUUAAGGGCCGUUCUCAGCUGCCUGACCUUGUCAGCGAUUACCUCCGAGGCGAUCUCAAGGUUGAUGAAUUCAUAACCCACCGCGAGCCAUUAGCCAACAUCAACGCUGCAUUCGAGCAGAUGAAGGCAGGUGACUGCAUCCGAUGUGUCGUGGAUACCCGAACCUAA